AUGAAGUUUAACAUUGCAAACCCGGCCACGGGUGAACAAAAGACCAUUGACCUCGACGACGAGCGUCGCUUCCGUCACUUUUACGAAAAGCGCAUCUCGCAAGAGGUUCCAGGCGACCCGCUCGGAGACGAAUGGAAGGGCUACAUCUUCCGUAUCACCGGUGGAAACGACAAGCAAGGUUUCCCAAUGAAACAAGGCGUCCUCCUCCCAUACCGUGUCCGCCUUCUCUCGCCGACGAGUGUCCGUGGCUGCAUCGUCGGUCCGGAUAUCGCCGUUCUUUCUUUGGUCAUUGUCAAGCAGGGCGAGCAGCCAAUUCCCGGUCUCACCGAAAACGUCCUCCCCAAGCGUCUCGGUCCCAAGCGAGCGACCAAGAUUCGCAAAUUCUUCAACUUGAGCAAAGAGGAUGACGUUCGCAAGUUUGUCAUUCGUCGCGAGGUCAAGAGCAAGAAGAAGGAAGACGCAAAGCCGUAUACCAAGGCUCCCAAGAUUCAGCGUCUCGUCACUCCCAUCCGUCUCCAGCGACGCCGUCACCUCCGCUCGCUCAAGAACCGAAGACUCGCUGCUCAGAAAAACGAAAAGAAGGAGUACGAGGCACUCCUUGCCAAGCGUCGCGACGAGAAGAAGCAGAAAAUCGCUGCCAUCAAGGCCGCCCACAAGAAAGCUGCAUAA